GCCUCCUUUGCCACGACCAGACAUAAUGAGCUUACAAGUUAGUUGAAAUAGUGUUCAAUCUCGAGUGGACCGAAAAUGAUGGUUAUGUAUUUGAAAAUUGUGGUUUAUAUACCUUGUAGAUGGGAUGCAAAACCCGAGAUAAACUUUGGUAGCCAAUAGUAAAGCAGAUACAGUUUCCCGCCGUUGCUAUCUUUGUACACACAAAUUUGUAAGCAUUUUCAUUGGUUGUUCCCUUAAGCCACCCUUUGUAUCAUGUGCCCGGAACAUCUGCCCUUAUCUUCAUAGUCAUUGGCUGCAGGUCAAUGAAAUUGGCUACUUUCAGGAGAACAUAGGGUGCCCAUUUCAUAUAAAUUUCUCUUACAACUUCUCAGAGUUAUCAGAGUUUUCUGACUUAUCCUCUCUAACAACCUCAAAAUGCCUCCAAAGGUCAGCGGAAAAGCAGCAAAGAAAGCGGGCAAGGCCCAGAAGAAUAUUGCCAAAGGAGACAAGAAGAAGAAGCGCAAGAGGAAGGAGAGCUAUGCCAUCUACAUCUACAAAGUAUUGAAGCAGGUCCAUCCCGACACUGGCAUCUCCUCCAAAGCCAUGACGAUCAUGAACAGCUUCGUCAACGACAUCUUUGAGCGCAUCGCUGGAGAAUCCUCUCGUCUUGCUCACUACAACAAGCGAUCGACCAUCACGAGCCGCGAGAUCCAAACGGCUGUCCGUCUUCUGUUGCCUGGUGAAUUGGCCAAACACGCUGUGUCUGAAGGCACAAAGGCAGUAACCAAGUAUACCAGCACUAAGUAAAUGGUCCCCACUUCCCUAAACCAAUCGGCCCUUUUCAGGGCCACCAAAUCUUAAAGAAAGAGAAAACGUUGCAACAAAACUUCAUUAUCUACGACAUACACUUCAGCAUCUACCAGCAGAACUUUAACUAGAAUACCACAAUCAGAGAUUAAGAUCGGAUGGAAAGCUUCUAUUUUUACAUUAAUUUCUUUCUGAUGUCUAUUAGAGACGAGUGUGAAAUUUGCACUUGUAUUCCCAUUCCAACCUUCGCAGUUCAAUUCCUAUUAUUAGGACCCUCCAUAAAGGAAGCUUCGCUGCCAUAGUUUAUUCGCCAAAAUAUGUGACCGUGAAACUUACGUUUCGAAAGAUGUCAUGUUUAAUUGGAUUCCAAGCUACAUUUAAAGAAUAAAAUACAUGA